AUGGCGAAGCUGGUUCACAACAUCCAAAAGAAGCAGCACCGUGAGCGUUCUCAGGUAACCGAACGUUCUCGUUUCGGGUUCCUCGAGAAACAUAAAGACUACGUGAAGCGUGCACAGGAUUAUCACAAGAAGCAAACUACUCUCAAAAUCUUACGGUCCAAGGUCAAGGAAAGGAAUCCUGAUGAAUACUACCAUGCUAUGAACACGCGGAAGGUCGGUUCAGAUGGGCUUUUGGUGAAAUCAAGACAUGCCGAUGGAGAAGACCCUGUGUUAUCUAUGGAUCAGGUAAAGUUACUCAAGACGCAAGAUAGCAACUAUGUGAGGACAAUGAGGCAGACUGAAUUAAACAAGGCUGGGAAGCUUUCCCAUGGCGUCAUGUACAAGAGCACCGGUCAGCAUACUAUUUUCGUUGACGAUGAAAACAAAAUGCGUCAUUUCACUCCGGAGCAAUAUUUUAAUACUACUAGUGAGAUGAUCCACAGAAGGGAGAACAGACUCACUAAGGAUCAACUAGCUGAAACAACUUUAACAGGCUCGGCUGCUGUAAUGCCCGCAGAGUCAUUGCAAAAUAAAAAGCUCAAGAAACUUAAGAUGGUUGCAAAACACCUUGAUCGCGAAAGGAAACUGCAGCAAGUCCACCAGAGGAUGGACCUCCAACGAGAACUCAUGAAGAAAGGGUCCAAACGGAAAAUAAUAGGUUCUGAUGGUGGCGUGUCGUAUAAAUGGAAAAAGCAGCGAAAGCGCUAA